AUGGAGCGGGCGCGUCCCGCGCUUUGGGCCGCGGCGCUAGCAGUGCUGGCGCUCCUGAGCGGACCGCCGCCUGCGCGGGCCGGGGCGGGCACUGGCCCCGUGGUGCGCUGCGAGCCGUGCGACGCGCGCGCGCUGGAGCAGUGCGCUCCGCCGCCCGCUGCGCCUGCGUGCGCCGAACUGGUGCGCGAGCCGGGCUGUGGCUGCUGCAUGACGUGCGCGCUGCGCGAAGGCGAGCCGUGCGGCGUGUACACCGAGCGCUGUGGCGCGGGCCUGCGCUGCCAGCCGCCGCGCGGAGAGCCGCGCCCGUUGCAGUCGCUGCUGGACGGCCGCGGGCUCUGCACCAACUCCAGCGCUUUGGGCCGCCUGCGCGCCUACCUGCUGCACGGACCGUCCGCGUCAGGAAAUGCCAGUGAGUCAGAAGAAGAACACAGUGCUGGGAGCACGGAAAACCAAGAGCUCCCCAGCACACACCGGGUGCCAGACUCCAAAUUCCAUACCCUCCACACCAAGAUAGACGUCAUCAAGAAAGGGCACGCCAAGGACAGCCAGCGCUACAAAGUAGACUACGAGUCUCAGAGCACAGACACCCAGAACUUCUCCUCUGAGUCCAAACAGGAAACAGAAUACGGCCCUUGCCGCAGGGAAAUGGAGGACACGCUGAACCACCUCAAGUUCCUCAACGUGCUGAGCCCCAGAGGCGUGCACAUUCCUAACUGUGACAAGAAGGGCUUUUAUAAGAAAAAGCAGUGCCGCCCUUCCAAAGGCAGGAAGCGAGGCUUCUGCUGGUGUGUGGACAAGUACGGGCAGCCUCUCCCAGGCUACGACACCAAGGGGAAAGGUGACAUCCACUGCUACAACAUGGAGAGCAAGUAAACACCUGGCGCAGCCGCCGGGACUCAGUCUGGCCACGAUGUAAGCCUCCACAACCUCUAUUCCUGCCGAAGGGUUGCACCUUCCCCACCGGGCUGCUUCUCCUGGUAAUGCUAGGGUGAGAGGGAGAGAGGGAGAUCAUAGCCUUGAGGACUGCAGGGCCAGGCCCUCCUGCCCGGGCCUGCUAGCAGGACUCACACCACAAACCCCAGAAAGAAGCAGAGCAAACAGGACAGACACGUCAGAGGGGGCAGAGGAAAAGAAGGACUGUGACCAAUCCCAUCUCAGAGACACUUCGUUUUAUCUUAAAGAACUUGCAAUGUGUAAACCAUACACUCACAAUGUAAAGAUUUUACAAGUUAAGCCUUUUCCACUCAAGCCCAUUGGUUCCCUUAUCUUCGUAGGUAAAAUGUUUUAAUCCAGAAGGACUCGUUAAAGAAACAGGUUUUGAAAUAAAGACACGGCUAUUUUUUUUUCUUCUGUAAACUAUAUUAUGAAGAUCCUGUUUGCCUGUGACUAAUAUAAUUUUAAUAAAGUUUUAUUUAAAUCUCAUGAAAAUGAAA